GGGGCUCACCGCUUCCCCCCCCUCCUCCCCGCUCCACUUCCCCCUUCCGCGCUCCCGCAGCGCGGCCGCGGCCGCUCCGCGCCUGGCGGCGGAGGGUGCGUGUAACCAGGGACACGCACACACAGCGCGGCCCCGCAGCUCCGCGCCCAUCGCUUUGCGGCCGAGCCCCGGUAACAAAGACCCGACCCGCACUCCCUCCAUCCCGCUCCAUCCUCAGCCCCGGCCCCACCGCGGGAUGUAGCCGGGCCGGGCGCGGGCACCGAGGCUCCGCGGCCCCCCCGAUGCCCCCGCAGUGAGGCCGGGCGCGGCGCUGCGCGCUCCGCCGGGGCUGCCGGCCACCAUGGGGAAAUCCAACAGCAAGUUAAAGCCUGAAGUUGUGGAGGAGCUGACCAGGAAAACGUACUUUACGGAGAAGGAGGUGCAGCAGUGGUACAAGGGCUUUAUCAAGGACUGCCCCAGUGGGCAGCUGGAUGCCGCAGGCUUCCAGAAGAUCUAUAAGCAGUUCUUCCCCUUCGGCGACCCAACCAAAUUCGCCACCUUCGUUUUCAAUGUCUUCGAUGAGAACAAGGACGGGAGGAUCGAGUUUUCCGAGUUCAUCCAGGCGCUGUCGGUCACCUCCCGGGGGACGCUGGACGAGAAGCUGAGGUGGGCGUUUAAGCUGUACGACUUGGACAAUGAUGGGUACAUCACGAGGAACGAGAUGCUGGACAUUGUGGAUGCCAUUUAUCAGAUGGUGGGAAACACAGUGGAGCUUCCUGAGGAGGAGAACACACCAGAGAAGAGGGUGGAUAGGAUUUUUGCCAUGAUGGACAAGAACGCGGACGGGAAGCUGACGCUGCAGGAGUUUCAGGAGGGCUCCAAGGCCGACCCCUCCAUCGUGCAGGCGCUUUCCCUCUACGAUGGGCUCGUAUAGUCCCGGGGCCAAGCGGCGAUGCCUGGGGGAAGACGCUCUCCGUGCCAUCCGACCACCGCCGCGCGAAGCUUGCCUGUCCCUCUCGGCCUUCCUUUCUGUUCCGCGAGCAGAGGAUGCCCUCGAAGCGCGAGCUCACUCCCCCUCUCUGCACUCCAAACCAGCCGCUGCCAUUCGCCAACUUCUGCUUUUCCCAAAACAAAACCCACCACAGACCCCGGGCUGAGCGGCAGCGAACACCCGAGACUGCAGCGCCGGGGGAACGGGUCGAGCAUCGCCGCAGGCAAAGCCCCCCCUUUCCCGGCCUCCUCGUCCCCCUUUGCUCCCCUUUUCCUAUGUUUUCGGAUGGGACUGUGGAUGCGCCGGCGUUGUCCUCUCCCGGGAAUCAGCUGGCUGGAGAUGGAGCCCAAAGGUACCGGGGGGCCUGCACCCCGGGGUGCUGCCUGCACAGGGCAGGGGAGCCGAGGCACUGACGGUGAUUGGGAACACACAGUGCUGGUGUCACCAGCCCUGCCCGGCUCUCUAGGGAUAUAUAUUAUUAUAUUAUUAUAUUAAUUUUUUUCGGUGAGAUAGUAUUGUGCUUUUUUUCUUUUUUUUUUCUCUUUCCUUUGGUGGAAAAAAAAAAGUGAGGUUUGUUUGUUUUUUUUUACAUGCCUAUCUCAGCAAUGGAUAUCCUUAUUUAUUUGUUGUAAAUGUUGCUGCCGUGUUUAGUCUCUCGUGUGUGUGUCCGACCACCUAGGUGAUGAUGAUACGUCAGGUUUACAUGCUCGUACACUAUUGCGGGGCACCGGGAGCCUGCAAUAACAAUGAAGCCAAAAAAUCUGCCUUCCCCCUUUCUCUUCCCACUCCCUGUAUCCCGAGCUCCGUGGGCUGGCUGCUGUUUUAAGGGGGUGCUGUAGCUUCUUUUCCUCUUCCUGUUCCCCCGUUCCCUGCGUUUUUCUGUUCACCCUUCCCUUUGCAAGCUCAGCCCAGGCUCCGAGCAGACUGAGCCCGCUCCAUCCCUCAGGGUGAGGGAGCCGCCGGGCACCAGAACUUCCUCAUUUCCUUUUCUUUUCCCCAUUUUCUCUCUGCAUGAAAAAGUAUUAAUGGAGCCAAGAGUUGGGUUUUGCUUUCAGGUGGAUUCCUUUACUAUUUUCUGUUGUGCGGAUGAUGGGAAGGUCUGUUUGCACCCCAAGGGGGUGGCUGUGAAUUGUCCCAUAUGUGCGGGGCUGGGUGAGCAGAGGGGUUGCCCAUGGGAAUGGCUUGUGUCCCCCAUCCUAGCUGGGAUGAUGCGGUAGCUCCUGCCCUGGGGCUGCUGGGCUGGGUGAUGUGCAUCUGGAGGUGUCUCCUUAUUCCCUUGCACCUUUUUUAGGACCUGGGAAGUUCCUUUCCAGCCCCAAAGCAGAGCCGCUUGCGUCCGUGCUGGGGGGGACUAGGGAAAAGUGUCUGGAGACACCCAAGUGUGGGGCUUGGAAAUGGCCCUUCAGCAUUGAUGGAGGCCUCUCCAUCACUCAUGACCACUCUGGAUGUGCCCAGGCAGGGCUCAGCCCCAUCAGGACACACACCGUGGGACACAGUUGGCAUCUCCAUGGAGGACAGGACGCUGCUGCAGCUCCAUUUCCAUCUGCCUUGGUCCCUGCCCUGGAGAAAGAGAGAUUUGCACCUCAUCAGGAGCAAAGCGCAAGAUGCCUGUGGGACCCCUAAAGCCAGCUGCGAUGGCUCCAAUGUGGUUUGUUCCUGGCCCUGCAACCCCAAUGCCAUGCUCUGACCACCCCAGGGGCUCACCCCUCUGUCCCUGGUCCAGUUGAUGCUGGCAGCAUCUUUCCACCCGCUGUCUGCUGGGAUGUCUGCAGCUCCCAUGGCCAGGAUUUGUCCCCAUAGUGGUGGGAAGUGACAUCUGUUCAUGGAGGAUGUUCUCAGAUGAUGUAGGAGACAAGGCAAUGCUCCAGCAGGAUCUGAAUCCUUCAGCAUGGCAGGGACAGGCUCUCCAGUCAAGCGAUGAUGGUCCUUUGCUGUGCAGCCCUAAUCCCCAGUUUUGGGGGCCCGUGUGCUGUUGGCAUUUUCUGAUGCCCAUAAAAAACACCCUUCCCCAUCCCCAAGGAGACCGACCUCAUGUCCAUGUGCAAUAUUUCUGCCUCUUCUGCGGCUUCUGCCCCUGAGGGUGCCCAUGUUUCACUCCUGGAGGGUGUCACCUCGCUCCCUCCCAUGGAAACCCCUUAUCCGUGAUGCUUUGUGGCCAAAAUGCGACUCUCUUGGGUAGAUCUUUGCAGUGCCUCCAACUUCUGUAACGCUCGUCUGCCAGACUGGUCCCUUUCUGGUGCCAAUCGAUGUUCCCAUUGAAUGUGACACUGCUGUAGUCUCCUCCGCUGAUAAAUGAUGGACCCUGCAAUGUUUGACACAAUUCCCAGACAAAGGCAAACCUCAUUUGCUCUGAUGCUUUGUUCUGAAAGGCUUUUAAUUUUCAGAGGACCUGCCGUGCUUUGAGCUCCAUCAGUGCUUGAUGAUGUCUCACCAGAGGCAGCCCUGCAAGGGCAGCGGGUGUGUGGCCCCAUCACAGAGGGGAUGAAGGACCAACAUCAGCUUGGGAGAGCUUCAGACCCCAGAAACACCGACAUUCAGUGUUCAUCAGGAUGGUGCUGACAUUUCUGCCAGCAACCUCCUGCUGCUGCUGGUGCUGGGCUCAGGGCUGGAGCCCAAGGCCUCGGCCUCCCCUGCCCCUGGUUAAAUAUUUGCACAUUGUCCGAAAAAGAAGAGCAAAAAGGAAAUAAGUUUUUGGUGUAUUCAAAGCUCUGUGCUGGCUGCGAGGACCCUGUUGGGUUGGUGGCAAUGAUGAGUCUUCCUGGGCAGGACGGGGGCUGGCUCUUGUCCUGGGUCCUGGCUCUGGUCCCGCAGUGGGUCUGUCCUGCCCUGCUCUUGGCAUGCCCAGUGUCCCCAGCCACAUCAUUUUGUCCCCAGUAUUCCCCCUGGCUAUGGAUUUGGGGCCCUGGCUUGGAUGCUUCUGGCAUCCCUUUGGGGAGCAUUGGUGACCCUGGCUCCUCCUGAACAUCACCAGGACCUGCAGCUUCUCUGUACCACUGACAACAAGGCUUGAAGCAUCUCGCGCUUGGCAAAGUUGGCCUUAACCUUCUCGUGCCUCAGUUUCCCCAUCGGUGAAAUGGGCUGGGUGAGCCGUCCCCUCUGGAAAGCGAUUCAAUGCAUGUGCCCAGGGAAGCACGAAUGCUGGAUAUGGCUCAUGAGCUCACGAGGGUUUAGCAGGACCCAUCAAACAUCAGGCACAUACAGAACACCGGGAGCAUGAACCACUGCAUCGGAGCUUACAUCAGUGAAUAGUUCAUUUUGGUCGUCUUCUUCCACCCGCUCAUGAUUGAAGCAAACAGCCAACAAGACCUGGUUUGUUUCUAUUCAUACCCCGGUUCCUGGUGCCUGGAUGAAAGCGGCUGCACCCUGGCGAUGGGCAGGGGACCGGAGCAGAGCCGGGCACAGCACAGGGUCUGGCCCCAGCAGCUGCAGUGUCCCCCCCACCUCUCAUUUGUCCCUGUCAGUGUUGCCCCAUUAAACUGCCGUGUCUGUACUUCCCUUUCUUUUCACUCUUCUGUUCGUGUGCUGCCUGUUGCUGCUUUGUAACCGUCUUCCCUUGAGCUCUGGGGCUGGGCUGAGCUGUUCUCCCUGGAGAGCAACGAUGUCGGAAAAGGCUCUGGGGGCAGACUCCCACCCCCAUCAUGGCACAAAUUAGGACCCAAGAGAGAGAUGCAAAGUGGGUUUUUCCCUCCAGAGCAGCCCUUUAAUUGCUGUGAUUUGUAAUGAGACUGGGUGGCCCCUGGAGCGCUCCCCAUGGGGUUUAUGGAGGGGGGUGUUUGCUUAUGGAGGACCCCAGACCCGAUUUGUGCUGGGUACCAGCUGCAUCCCACCCGACUGUGCAAAAGAGGGUGCCUAUUGGUGCCUGCCUCCCAUGCCAUCAGGACAUGCAUCCCAGUUGGAUGGGGGGUUGAGGCUGUGGAACCUCCAUCCCAGAGCCACUGCUCCCCUGGCAUGAGCAGGGAUGGAAGUAAGAGGCUACCACUGGCUGCCAUGGGGCUGUGCUAACCUGAAGGGUGGAACAGUCUUGGGGUCUGGAGCUUUGAAGCAGGGCCAGAUGUGGCAUGGGGGCAGCCAAAAUCGUUGGCAUGGCUGCCCUCUUCCCAUGUAUUUAGGGUUGGAAGGGUUGGAUGGGUGACCCACAGCCAGAUCAAUGUCACGUUGUCCCCAUCCUGGGGUACAGAGGGACAUCUGGGGCAUUUUGGGAGGGUAUCAGUACACCUCACAGUGGCAUUAGAGUGGAUAUGUCUGUCUGGGGUGGUGAUGGGGCAGGAGCAAGGGCUGGGGGCAAAGAUGGGAGCUGAUGGCCCCGGUCUUGGUGCACAGCUUGGGGGUCUCCUUGCAGAGCAGUUUUGGGUCUCAGUUACAUGUGCCAGCCCCAGCGGCACUGCAGGAAAGCCAUUUGUCCCUUCUCUCUCUGCUCCUGCAGCCACCAGCUCCGGGUUGGGUGCUGUGUCCCAUGGGACCCCUUCCUGGAGCCCUGGGCUGAGAAACAGCAGCUCCAGCAAAAGAGCCUUGUUUGUAAAGAUGAAGCCUGUUUGUGCGUCCGUGCCGGUGUCUCGGCUUGCAUGCCCUGCUGCCUUGUCUUGAGAUGAAUUCAAGAGCAAACCAAGCAAACGAAACAGAUUAAAAAAAGUGAAAAAAAAGAAAACAAAACAAAACCCAGGAACUUUGUGACAGUGGAAAUAAAAGCUUAAUGACAAUAAUGAA